AUGUGGUUUAUCUGGAAAUCCAGAAGUGAGAUGGUCUUUGAUAAUAAUGGAAAACCAGCUAGGGAUAUAUAUUAUAGGGUCAUGCAUUACUGUCAUAACUCAAAAAUUCAUCUUCAUCCUACUGAGGCCAGUGGUUCUAACACUAGUAAUCUAGGCCUUACCAAUAGGAGUAUGCAUAUUCAUUGGACCAGACCUCCAGAAAGUUGGGUUAAAAUAAAUAUUGAUGCUUCUGUUAUUAAAGAUAGCUUUAUUGCAGGAUUGACACUAAUUAUUCGAUAUUUUACAGGCACACUGGUGAGGGAAAGAAUUCUAGUUGUUAGAUCAAUGUAUGUGGAGCAGGCUGAAGCUAUGGUUAUGCUUGAAGCUGUCAAAUGGGCAUAUAAUCUUCACCUACAACAAGUUAUAACUGAAAGUGAUAAUAUGGUUGUGGUUCAGGGUGUUAAAGGUAAUGAAGCUGCUGUUAUGUGGGAAAAUCAAGGAAAAGUGAAAGGACCAUUAGAAUUUGUUCCAUGUGAAACCCCACUGAAAUCAUAA